AGAAGAGGGCCGUCAAAAAUGUUUUCAACCAGAUGAUAGGUGCACGGAAAAGGAAAAUCUAUCUUUCAUUUUCAUUUCGAUAAACAGGUCUAGGCCCGCGCGUUGGCUAUGCAGAUACCAGGCAAUCCGCGCCGGAAGGCCCGCGACCAUGGCCACCCAAGGCUACCACAUUUGUUUGUUAGUCGUUCGGCAGCUGGCUGGUGCUAUCAAAUCUUUCCAUCUCUUCGAAGAAUUAAUUCCCUGCAUCGCAUCCACGUCUUCAUGCCUUUUCCAGUGGCUGUGUGGUUUCUUGACCUUCCGCUCUUUCUCAGUCUUUCUCUAUCAUGAUCGGCCGGACCCAUGUUUUGUCCCGGCCUCGCCGCUCUUUUCGCAGAUACCUUUGGACUUUGGUCGUAAUCUUUGUUUUCUUGCUGUGGCAGUCGACCGGAAUCACCGAGGAUAUAUAUUCGGACCCUGAAGAUGCAUCCGAACUCCUCGAUUCACCGACAUCGCCGGAAACCAUCGAGGCAAACCUUGGGGAAGAGUCGCAGCUCGGGGUGGAUAUCAACAACCCCCGCAAUGUCCACUCGAAACCAGCACUGCUCGUAAAUGCUCAGCCCCAUCACAUUUCCUUACCUUCUCCUCCCCACGAGGCUCCCAACACUCCCGCGCACAAUACCAGAUCGACGCCUGGAGGCGUUUCUAUUGAGCACGAGCUGGAAUAUCAGGAAGUCGACGAUAUCGAGCAGAUCGGAGGUCAUCGUGACGACAAUGGUGUAGACCAUGCUGCCGAACUCACCCACCCUGAUGAUGACGAGAGUGCUGUGUCUGAUGGCCGUGAUGGUGCUGCACCCAACGAUGUCGAUGAACUGCAGCUCACGGACCGAAAGGAUAAGAAAGAGGAUGCGGAUAACCGCUUGAAUGCACAACAACACCAGAAUUCCAGGGGCGAGCAAUUGCCAAUUGGAGCAUCCGACGAGAAGACACCGUGGUCUGAGCAAUACGACUUCCCAACCUGGGAGCAAUGCCAGGAGAUGAAGGAGAAGGCCGAUUCGCUUCCAGAUCUCAUCCAUGUCCCAUUCGAGGUUGCCGUGAAGGACAUGGUACUUGAAGGUUGGGAGGAUGAAUGGAUCUCAAAGGCACAUUAUGUCGGACCCAAACUUGAAGAGCCCAAGAUCGACUUUGUAUAUACAUGGGUCAACGGGUCGCAGCAGGAACUGACCGAGACUAUGAGGCCCUAUGAGCUCAACUCGACACUGAACGACCCAGACGGCGUUUGGAUUGCAUCACACGGCUCCAACCGGUAUCGGGAGUGGGACGAGCUCCGGUACUCCAUGAGAAGUGUUCAGAAAUUCGCGGGUCAUUUCGCGAACCGAAUUCAGAUUCUGGUCAACGCUUUCCGGAAUCCCAAGACAGACGAACUUCUACCAACCACUUUUGGAAAGCAACGGCCACACUGGUUGAGGGCCGAUCUGGAAAAGGUUGAGGUCCUUAGUCAGGAGGAGUUCUUCGGCCCGGAUGAACGAAAAUGCUUGCCGACAUUUGAUUCACUCACUAUUGAAAACCAACUCUACAACACCAAGUCGGAAGUGGAUCGUCUGUAUGCUCUCUCCGACGAUAUGAUUCUGGGCAAGCCCCAUUCGGCAUCCGAUCUGUACUCGCCCUUGUUCGGCCCUACUAUGGGAUUCAAGACCAAUUCAUACAACACUCUGCAGCCUCCAACGGAGAAGGAUGCGGAACGCUUUGGAGAAAAACCCUUCCUCAUCUACACGUCAUGGCUGUUGAACCGACGGUUCGGUGCGCGCAAACGCAAAGGCCAAGUGCACUUUGGCCACUCCCUUUCUCGAAGCGUUGCCAGGGAGGCAAUCACUAGCUUUCCUAGACCAGCGUUGCGAAGUGCCUACCAGCGUUUCCGAGGCGAGACGGGCUUCCAGCUCUACUCGUGGUACGUCAUCUUCCACUAUACCAUGGAACGGCAUCGGGAGGCCCUCCUUUGGAGCUACAUCAUGCUGCGGAGCGAUCAUGAUGAUGAUGGCUAUCUCGAUUGGAGCGAAAGGCAGAAGAUUCUACGUGAGCUAGGAGAAGGCAUGAGCAACGACACUCCAGAGCUGUUUCGGCAACGGAUGUACUAUCAGGUUGCAAGUUCCCUUGAGCAAGCGGGAAUUCAACCUCCGAUGGUGAACAAUGACAUCUUGUGGACGUCUCUAGACGGUCCGGCGAUGAUCCAGGGCUUGGACUGCGAUGCGUUCGAUGUGGAAGACUGCUUGGCACCGGGAUUUUCCCUAGCAUCAAGCGACGCCGAAGCCCGCAGUCCAGUGUUCUCGACGGCAACAAUCUUUGACCGCGUAACACGCGGUUCCCCACGCUGCGGCGAUUGCCUCAUCAAACUGAUUCUGAAUAGGCGACGAGCUGGGUUGGGGCCGCUUUUGCCGCAUCAUCAGAAGAAGGCGGAGCAGCGGAAGAUCGUUAUCAAAGCACUGAUCAGGUACCAGUAUCUGGUGGUCAACCCAGAUGCCAUGUUCUACAUGAUCACAGACGCCGAGCAAGCCGAGCACGUCUUGUUCAACCCGUAUAUCAAGCACAACAAAAAAGCCGGUCAGAUUUGUCUGAACGAUGAUGUUGUCACGUCCGACAAGGAGCAGUUAGAGCGGCUGAGGAAAGUCAUGAGUUCCUUCUUCGAACACCUACUACCCGACGCUUCCAGUUAUGAGAAAUGAGGGUAGACAACGAAAAGUUUUUUCUAGAUCUAUGUACGGAGUACUGUGUAGAAACCAAUCGAAUUCCCCGGGAAGUUACAAUUACUUCAAGACAUAUCAUCCUCCGUCAGAGAAGCAGGGCCCGAAGGUCUCGG